AAAAAGUAAUCAUGGUUUCUAUAGUAAAAGUAUUUACUAUUAACACACCACAAAAACACGAUCUUUGCUGCGCAAUUUGCAACAUUAUUAAUUCCGAAAACGAUACAUUGAUUUAUUCGGAAUUUUGUUUAAACAAGCUCAAGUGUCGACAAUUUAUUCGAGAAAUGCCUCAGGCAAUGGCUGCUCCAAUAACAAGUCAUCAAAAAAUUCGUGAAACUGGCGGUAUCAUGUACAUUAUCGUAGAAAAAGAGAUAUUUGAAGACUCCAAUUUUCAAAAUUAUUGCAAUAUGCGAAAUAUACAAGUGAUGGAUUUGCUAAACCCGAUUCCAACUUAUAUUUAUAAAAUGUGUCUUCUUUACACUUUGGAGUGCAAACUAACAUCACAGUGGAAUAAAGUUGGAUCGUAUCUUGUCAAAGGACAAAAUUUUCUUAGCUCCACAGAAAAUGUUAACGCAAUAAAAAUGAAUAUAAAGGAAAUCUAUGAUGAUAAAUCUCGGCUUUAUUUAGAAGCUGUAAAUCUUAAAAUACCAUUUAUAAAACAUGAGUCAGCACAGUUGUUAAAAUAUGGUGAUUUACAUCCGCCGGUACAUGUUUUGCCAAGUAUGAGAAUGGCAAACGUAUUGUGCGUAUCAAAAAACCUUCAAGAAAAUCAUCCGUUUAAAAAUUACAAAGAACUACGCGAAUAUUGGACAAAUGUAGUACGAAUUUAUUAUCUACAGUUAAUAUCAUAA